AAGUGACCACCUACCAAGCGCGAAGCCAAACUCCCGACUUCAUUCCCCUCCGGCCAUGGCCGCCGCUUCCUCGGCUCCCCCUCUCGCCCUACUAAUCAUCCUCUUCCACCUGGCACUCACGUCGUCAGCGGCGGCGGCGGCCCGCGCACACGACGACGACGACCUCCUGGGCGCGGCGCGCGCGCCGGGGGUCACCGAGUGGCUGCGCGGCGUGCGGCGGCGCAUCCACCGGCGUCCGGAGCUUGCCUUCCAGGAGCACCGCACAAGCGAGCUCGUCCGCGCCGAGCUCGAGGCGAUCGGCGUGUCCUACGCGUGGCCCGUCGCGCGCACGGGCGUCGUGGCCACCAUCGGCUCCGGCGGCGCGCCGGUCGUCGCGCUCCGGGCGGACAUGGACGCUCUGCCCCUCCAGGAAUUGGUUGAUUGGGAAUACAAGAGCCAGGAAAAUGGGAAAAUGCACGCAUGUGGACAUGAUGCUCACACGGCAAUGCUCCUGGGAGCUGCUAAGCUACUUCAAUCUCGCAAGGAUGACCUAAAGGGCACUGUGAAGCUUGUUUUCCAGCCAGCAGAGGAGGGCAAUGGCGGCGCCUACUACGUUCUAGAAGAAGGCGCUCUCCACGACGCGUCGGCCAUUUUUGGCCUGCACGUCGAUCCAGCUCUUCCGGUAGGUGUCGUUGCAGGCAGGCCAGGGCCAUUUGCGGCAACGUCAGGUCGAUUCUUGGCGACGAUCACAGGAAAAGGUGGGCACGCUGCAGGCCCCCAUGACGCCAUUGAUCCCAUUGUAGCUGCAUCGGCUGCCGUCCUCGCUCUCCAGCAGAUCGUCUCCCGGGAGAUCGAUCCCCUCCAGGGCGCAGUUGUAUCCAUCACCUUUCUGAAAGGAGGAGAAGCCUACAACGUUAUCCCCGAAUCUACAACCUUUGGUGGCACCUUGAGGAGCAUGACAAAUGAAGGUUUGGCAUAUCUCAUGAAGAGGAUCAGAGAGAUUGUUGAAGGGCAGGCCGCAGUGCACCGUUGCUCUGGCUCCGUGGACUUCAUGGAGGAAACAAUGAGGCCGUACCCGGCCGUCGUCAACGACGAAGGGAUGUAUGCUCUUGCCAAGACGGCGGCCGGGAGGUUGCUAGGGGAAAAGAACGUCAGGCUCGCUCCCCAGCUCAUGGGGGCGGAGGAUUUCGGGUUCUACGCGCAGAGGAUGGCCGGCGCCUUCUUCGUCAUCGGUGUCGGCAACGAGACCACCAUGAAGCAAGUCCGUACUACACACUCCCCUUACUUCGUGAUCGACGAAGACGUGCUCCCCGUUGGAGCUGCCUUCCAUGCUGCUGUGGCAAUCGAUUACCUGAAUGAGCAUGUAUCAGUAUCGGCAACAGCGUGAAACUGAAACUGGACCCAGAAAUUAAGUCGGAGGCACAUCCGUAUUGCUCUGGAAUAAUGUGGGUCACCUUCCGCACCCCGAACGGUGCUUCAGUGACGUACUGCCUUUACAGUCGCCGGCAGCUAGGGCCGGCCCCACGCGUCAGUGGGGACGUGGUACAUCACCCAAGCCACCCACACACCCCCGCCCACUCUUUCAAAAAGGGUGUAUAUCAUAGAACCUCAAUAUUCAAGGCUUUUGUGUUACAAAAUCCUAACUUUUCGAUUUUUAAACACCUAACCAUAGUAUCUCCAUCGGAGGUGAGCAGUCCAAGGUCAUCUACAUGGAAGAAAACCCACGGUCAACUUCCGAGUUCCGACAACCUUCUAAGCCUCUGUUUUUGGGCUCGAGUUUCAGUUUGUGGCGCUUCUUUCAUGUUUUUUGUAUCAUUCCUCAUUUUCAUGGUUUUGUUAUUAUUCCUCAUUAAUUUAUCAAAGUACCAAUGGUUUCAAA